AUGAGAAGUGCGUCUUCGCUGAGAUAUUUCAAUUUAGGAGAGUUGCUCAAAUUCCGUGUGGAAAGUCCUAUUUCCAUGGAAAUGCUGAGCUGGUCGUUUGUGGUGGAUUCAGGCGAGAUUACCAUGCCGUCACUCCUUUGUCCUCGGCAUUCUUAUGACGUGCUAAAUCAAUGGGGGAAGAGCGGAUCGGGGAUUUGCUGGCGAAGCUCACACAGUCACAUCUGGCCGGAGGAGCGCCCAGCCGAAGAUGGUGGGCGGAAAGUGAACGCGAAGGGAGGCAGCAAAGAAGGAGACUGUGACAGAGACUUACUUAGAUGUCAUGUAGAGUCAGAUUCCAGUGAAGAAUCCAAAGAAUCUAGCAGUUCAAAUGAUUCCAGUGGAGAAGAAUGCGUGAUAAUAGAUUCGAUAGAUAUUCCUGUGGCUCAAACAGAGGCCCAACCAGAAGAUACGGAAGAAACUCCUACGGAUUCUCCGGAUGAUGCAGUAGAUAUGAAUGAAGGUGGCGAAAUUCUGGAUGACACAUUUGGGACAGAGCCCACUCUUCCAACAGAAGAAGCGACAGUAACGCCAUCUGAACCCAGUCCUCCAACAGAAGAAAUGACAGAAGCGGUAACUGAGCCUCCGGACACAACAGUUGAUCCAAUAAAUGUGGAUGAUGGUGGCGCGCCAACAGAAGCGCCAACAGAAGUGCCAACUGAACCCAGUCCUCCAACAGAAGAAAUGACAGAAGCACCAACAGAAGCGCCAACUGAACCCACUCUUCCAACAGAAGCACCAACAGAAGCGCCAACUGAACCCAGUCCUUCAACAGAAGAAAUUACAGAAGCGGUAACUGAGCCUCCGGACACAACAGUUGAUCCAAUAAAUGUGGAUGAUGGUGGCGAAGCGCCAACAGAAGCGUCAACUGAACCCAGUCCUCCAACAGAAGAAGUGACAGAAGCGGCAACCGAGCCUUCAACGGAGCAACCGACAACAAUGGUAACUGAGGCGUCAACGCAGACAUCGCUAGUGACAACUGUAACUCCGCCAACUACAACAGUUGGAACGAUGAAUAUGGACGAUGGUGGAGGAAGCCUAAUUGGUUCUCUCGACCAUCUGUGGGUGUUCAGUGAGUGGGAACGACAGGGGACGCCCGGAGUCAGUGAGCGUGACGCCGGCGGCGCGCCGGGACAAGGCGUGAGAGCGAGAGAGAGAGUGAGUGGCUCUCCUGGAAGUCAUGGUCGCCCCUUCGCUCAUUCCCGUGCGGAUGCGCAGCGUGACGCCAAGUCGGCCGAGUGUCGGUGGAAUUCAGUAAAGUCUCGACCGCCGCCGAGGCAGUGUUUGGGCCCCGAGAGUCUUGGACGCGAUCCCAGGUCACACGCGCGACCUCUUGACCCGCGAACAUUGAGCAUCACACUUUGCUAUGCUCACCAGCAUAAUUUUGGCAUCGUGUCCAAGAAUAGCGCCCGGAAUUCCUCGUCAGUCAUGAGUGCUUAA